AUGCACCCCACAUUAGGAUCACUCGCACUCUUUCUAUUCGCAGCUCCUCUCGCUUUCUCCGCAGAUGCAGACGUGAUCACAGCUUUUGGGCCGGCCACUACUCAAGAGGCCGUUGCUGGUUCCACACACGGAGAACUCAGGCACAUCCUCUCUGGGAGCCACCUGGGAGCGAGCCCUCUCUCCGUGGACGACGAGGGCCUGACCCACUACGCCGCAUCCCACGUGUACUCAUUUGGGGUGGUGGAAGAGCCAACUACAACCACGACAUAUCUGACCACACCUACCACUUUAAGCUACACCUUCCGAGCUGACGCUUCACGUUACUUCAACGAGGGCCCUGUACGGGGCGCCAUCAGCACCGGAGCUCCAGGAGAGGAGGACACUGUUUUCCCUGAGAUCGAGGGAAGCCGGCGAACAAACCAGUGUGUCAUUCAGCCUGGAGACUCUGGGCUGGCGGUGUGUGAAGAGGAGGUCGUAAUUCCUCUACCGGAGGACCUUGGGACUGGAAUGAUUACCAUUAUUCAUCGAACAUAUAGCGGGACGCCGAGACCGCUCUAUACCGGACCAGCGAAGCUUGAAGAUCUCGAGGACUCUGGUGCGAGGAGCGUGGUGUCGAUGGGAGGUGCAGGGGUGGGUGGUUGGAUUGCCCCGAUGGUAUCUGGGUACCUAUAG